UUGCUUCCAACGACACCGCUGCUCGCGAGCGGGUCGGCUCUUGAUUUCCUUCUACUGUAACGUAGCCGCGGACGUUCGCUACAGAUGAAACGGUCUGGCGCGCUGGUAGAUUAUGCAAGCUCUGAAGACGAUGAAGAACAGAUAAAACCAGUCGAGGAGCCCGUAACAAAGAAACGCAAGCUCCCCGCACUCGCGUUCAACUUGGUCGUAUCUGCGCCUGUAGAUAACCCCGCGAUACAUCAAGGCAGGCUACGGAGCAGCCCACACGUCGAGGGUCAGUUCGCCGCGUAUGUCUAUGUACCUGUGCGGAUCCCGCCCACGUCUAUGCUCGGAAGUUUGGUCAACAACGCUUUCCAUCAUGCAGUCGAUAUAGUAUCGAUCCUUCAUCCCAUAGGAGACACGAACAUAGAGCCAGAUGAGCGGGAGUUGCACAUAUCCCUCACGCGCCCCAUGUACUUACGAGCUCAUCAGCGCGAAGAGUUCAGGACUGCUGUCAGAGUGGUAGGCGGACAACAGAAAGCAUUCUCUGCGUCGUUUGCCAACUUCGCAGAAUUGACGAAUGAUGAGCGUACACGAACGUUCCUAACCAUCGAAGUCGGCGCAGGUCAUAGAGAGCUCGAGGCGCUAUGCAACGCACUCGCGCCUACGUUACGUUCAUAUCGCCAGAAAGAGUUCUAUGAAAAGCCUCGGUUCCAUGCUUCAAUAGCGUGGGCUCUCCUGGCGCAAUCUACCUCGACCGAGUUCAAACCAACAUCUCCCUCACCAAGCAACAACGUCGAUGACUCUACCCAUCCUCUCGAACAGGCGACAACUUCCGCGAAACAGGAUAACCUAACAGCGCAGCUCGCUGUGAGCUCUGCCGGGUUUCCGGCCAUCCUGCGCUUCCCGGAUAGUCUGCUGCCUGGCCUGGAGCAAGAGUUUGGUAUCACAUUGCGCUCGAGACAUGUCAGUGCAUUCGAAGCGGAACAUAUAUGCGUCAAAAUUGGCAAGGAUGUGUACAAGUUUCGACUGAAGGGCGGGAUUUAAUGACUCAUACCGUUCAUUCGUUAUAACGUGAGCACGUGCUUCGGCAGUCUGCUACACGAGAUAGAUCAAGCUGUAGCUGCAGUAGAGAGCACUUUGUCUUGUAACAUGGCCCUGCAAUAUUAAUGCUGUUCAAAAUUGAUCU